GCCAUUGGCUGAGACCACGCAUUUAAGCCAAUCAAGUCGUCGCACGCCGAUCGCAACAUGCUGCAGCGCCGACCGAUCGGUGCCGAGACCCACUGCAUCAAGAUCCAAGCGGCGUACCGGGGUUGGCGCGUGCGGCGGCUUCUUCUGCACGACGUGCGCGAUGCAUUCGCCCAGAUCGUGCGCGAGCUCGAGACGGACAGCUUGACACACCUCUUACUGCAGUGCGACGCCACGACAAUUGCAUGGCCGUCGACGCGCCUUUGCUACCCGCGCUUCACAGCUGGCCUCGUCACGUCGCCGCCUGUCCGAGCGACCACGCAAGCGAUCGAGUCUCUGGACGACGUAAAGGCCACCGCGCCACCACGAGAGCCAAUGGUAGAGGUAUUGCGACCGAAAGCGCUUGCAGCUGAGUUGCUCGUCGAGCCACCGAUGCAGCUGAUCAAGGUGGCGCCGUAUACAGCCUCGGCCGUGUCGGCAAUGACCAGCACCAUCGUCCGUGUCCACAGAGAAGAGCCGGCCAUCGAGAGCACGCCUGUGCACCUCGUCCAUGCACCACAACCCGCGAGCAUUGCACAUCUUGACCGAGAGCAAUGGACCCAAAGCGAGUCGCGUUGGACUGUCCAUGCCUUAUUGCAAAUGGACCCGAAACAUAUUCAGGACGAGCUUCUGUGGGCAAAGGACGCUCUUCGCGAACGCAUCGAGUUUUUGCGGGCACGGUCCGCCGCCUCGGUGCUCUCUUCUGAACGACAAGAUAUCCCGUCCAAGACAACCUAACCACAGCCAAUGUGUCAUGGACAGCCCUUUGGCCAUACAUUGUUCUCGCAUCUCUAGCAUGUAGUAGCCCUUGCAGAGCUAACACGUCGCUUCGGGCUGCG